GAGUCCUCCAUCCUCUGGUUGGCCACCGGAAAGUGCCGCCAACUACGGGCAGGCCCCACGUAUGAAAGUGAGAGCGGCAACUUCGGCUCUAAUUAAGAAAACAGUAAAACUCCGCCUCAGUGCAAAGCAAUGAGAAGGAAGAAGGGAAGGAGAGUCAGGCUUUCUACCCAACCCGUCCCAGGGUCCUUUAAGCGCCUUAUCCCUUCCUCCCAAGGAGGACAGUCCAGUCUGGCUCUCUGGCCCUGGCGGGAGAACGCAGGGAACCGCAGACGGUGCCCCUCGAGCCGGUCCCCGCGGACCUGCCAUCGGGCCCCGCGCUCCCAGCCCCCGCCCGGCCCGCGUGGCCCGGCUUCUGCCCUGGCGGCCCCCGGCGCGGCGGGGGUCCGCCUCCCCACGCAGGCCGGCCUAGGUGUCCCGGCGGCUCCCGGGCGCCCCCUGGCCCGGCUCCGGCGCCCGAGGUUUCCGGUGAGCUGCAGUCGCCGGUUAUGACGACUCCCUCCUCCGGAGCAGCCGCCGCCGCCGCCGCCGCCUCCUCCGCAGCCCCGGCUCUCCCGGCUCCAGAUUUUAGAUAUCUGAAACAUCACAACAGCUUCUUGGUGGUUCUGAGGAUUAAAGAGGCUUGGAGGUUGCUAUGUUCAUGCUGCUUGUCUUUGGAGCAUUGCUUCGUGAAGUUCCCCUGAGUGGCCAAGACGAGGUUCCUCCCCAGGCUGAUGGCAUUCUGGGCGCCCCUCUGUUCAACUAUGCCAGCCUCCGCCUGCCAGAAGAGCAUAUUCCCUUCUUUUUGCACAAUAAUAGGCAUAUUGCCACGGUCUGUAAGAAAGACUCGCAUUGUCCUUAUAAGAAACACUUAGAAAAUUUAAAGUACUGCUGGGGUUAUGAGAAAUCCUGCAGACCAGAGUUCAGGUUUAGUUACCCUGUUUGCACCUACGUGGAUAUGGGAUGGACGGACACUCUUGAAUCAGCCCAGGAAAUAUUCUGGAAGCAAGCCGACUUUGGGUAUUCUGGAGAGCGGCUGGAGGAACUCCACGUGCUCUGCCAGCCGAAGGGAAUGAAUGACUCAAGUCUGGUGUGUUCCCGUUACCUUCAGUACUGCAGAGCGACCAAUCUCUACCUUGAUUUAAGAAACAUCAAGAGAAACCACGACAGAUUUAAGGAAGAUUUUUUCCAGAGCGGGGAAAUUGGAGGACACUGUAAACUUGACAUUCGUAUGUUGAUGUCUCAAGGCCAGCGCAAAAGCCCUCUGCAGUCUUGGUUUGCUGAGCUACAAAGCUAUACUCAGCUCAACUUCAGACCAGUAGAAGAUGCUAAGUGUGACAUUGUUAUUGAGAAACCAACCUACUUCAUGAAAUUAGAUGCAGGUGUUAACAUGUAUCACCACUUCUGUGAUUUCAUCAAUCUUUAUAUUACUCAGCACAUUAAUAAUUCCUUCAGCACAGAUGUGCACGUUGUGAUGUGGGACACAAGCUCCUACGGAUAUGGUGACCUGUUCUCCGAUACAUGGAAAGCAUUUACUGAUUAUGAUGUUAUACAUUUGAAAACUUAUGAUUCCAAAAGGGUAUGUUUUAAAGAAGCUAUUUUUUCCUUACUCCCCCGGAUGAGAUACGGACUAUUCUAUAAUACCCCUCUGAUAUCUGGCUGUCAAAAUACCGGAUUAUUCCGGGCAUUUUCCCAGCAUGUACUACACAGACUGAACAUCACACAAGAGGGUCCCAAGGAUGGAAAAAUUCGAGUCACCAUUCUCGCACGGAGCACAGAAUACCGGAAAAUACUCAACCAAAAUGAGCUUGUAAAUGCACUGAAAACGGUAUCUACAUUUGAGGUCCAGAUUGUCGAUUAUAAGUAUAAGGAACUUGGGUUUUUAGAUCAGCUAAGGAUCACGCAUAACACGGACAUAUUUAUUGGAAUGCAUGGAGCUGGUCUUACCCAUUUACUUUUCCUUCCAGACUGGGCUGCUGUGUUUGAACUAUACAACUGUGGAGAUGAACGCUGUUACUUGGACCUGGCCAGGCUGAGAGGCGUCUACUACAUCACUUGGCGAAGGCAGAGCAAAGUCUUUCCUCAAGAUAAGGGCCACCACCCAACUCUGGGGGAACAUCCGAAGUUUACCAACUACUCUUUUGAUGUAGAAGAAUUUAUGUACCUUGUCCUUCAGGCUGCAGACCACGUAUUGCAACACCCGAAGUGGCCAUUCAAGAAAAAACAUGAUGAGCUAUAAAUGUGUUGAGUCUUUUGCCAAAAGGGAGUGUUUACACGGUCCUCCACCCAGACUCACCUCACAGUUAAAUAGGUAAAACAGCCUGUUAUCUCCUAGCCCCAAAGUACCUUUUUUUAAUACCAAAACAUGCCUUCAGGGUAUUACUUACGUGUUUUAUAGUCUUUAACUGUUUCAUGUGAUUGUUGUGUCAUUGCUAUUUAUCAAGAUACUCUUUUUGCACUGAAAACUUUACUUUUUAUAGUUCAGAAAUUGGGCCUGGGCUCACUGGCGUAAUUGAGCCUUUUUCUUAGGGAUACCAAAGUUUGCAACUUUCUUAGCUUUAGAAUUUGUAAAUGUUUUUAUAGAAUACCAUGAGCUCGUCAUUCUAGAGGCUUCCAAGUUGUUAAUGAUAUAUUUGAGCAAAUUCACAACUCAUUUAUUUGCCAUGAUUUGUUCACAGCACUGUUUGUAGUAGGAAAGGAAAACAUGCAAACACACACACACAGAGUUGUGGUUCUCAGUACCAAGCUAUAGGCCCGUGUUACAGAUUAAACAGUAUUAUAAACAGAUCUGUUUAACUGUAUCAUAGUCUAAACUAACUCCUGCUGAAUUCUCUGUUGUAUCUUUUUAGUCAACGCCAGGUUAUAUUCAUCAAGAACCUGAAUUAACCAUGCUUUUGCAUUAACUUCAUAUUCACAUUUCAUAUGCAAAUCAUGUUUUCCUCACAUGUAACAACCACAUAUGAUAAAAACAAAUGAGGACGUCCUUUAGGACUGUUUUGUGUACCUUCUAGCUGGUUUCCGCUGGUUCCUUCUUAGCCGUGGAGAGCAUUUAUAAAUCAAAUAGUGGUUUUGUUGCGUACCUGCUUGUAAGUGCAUAUACCUGUUUGUAUGCGUCUACCUCUUUUAGCAUGGAAGUAUUCCAAUCUUUGAUUUUACAGACUUUAAAUUAGCCACAAGAGGAGAUUUUUUUCCCUAUGAAAAAAGUAAAGACACACGCACGAAAAAGGUAAAGACAUGCAUGAAUUAUCCAAUUCAAAAUGAAUAAGAAGCCAUAAGAAAGUGCCAUUGAUUAAACAGCAUAUCUGAAAUGCAGUCCCACUCUUUGAAUGGGCUUCAUUUCCUAUUGUCUAUGAACUUUCAAUUUAGUGGUCAGAAACCAUGGAUUUAUUUUACUGUAAAAUGUGAAGUUUACAUUUUAUUAACACUUGAGCAGUCUAAUUUAGAGACUAGCAACUUCUAUUUUUUUAAGUAGGGGAUUAACAGAGUACAGCAGAGCUAAGCAUUUUUUCUUUUUUAAUAUUUUAGAGUUGUAAAAAAAAAAAAAAAAAGAAUAUACA